CAAUUGAAUUUCUUUAACUCUUUCCACCAACUUUUUCAAGUCCAAUCCGUCAAUUUUGAUGGGAGAUUCCAUUUUUCAGCGGUAUCUCGAUCAGCUGUUGCCAAUUGAAUAUAAUGAAGACUUGCUGAGUACUGCUUCAAUAUCUGGGGAUAUGUUUGAUCUUCGAUUGAAAAAAUCAUUGGUGUCUGGAUGUUUAUGAAACGCAACUGAAUUAUCUGCUUAUGAAGCACAUCUGGCUGGUUGCUAGCUUCACUGCCUUUACUCGAGAAUUAGGAGACCACUUUAGAUGAGUGAUACUGCUUCACUUCCAAGUAAGUGGUACUUACGAGAACAGGACAACGAAAGAUAUAUAUACGGCAUUGACUGUGAUAGUUCGAAUCAGUCCUAUAACAUUUUUUGUACGAAUUUCACUUCAACUUGGGCAGAAAGAUUAAGCAAGGGAGAAAUAAUAUCCAAGGCUGAUGAUUCUGGUAUAAGGAUUGAUGAUGAGGGACUUACUUUGCUUAUUGAAACAUUUUCCCUGUCUAAAGGGGACUUGAAUGAAUAUAUAGAGUUUAGAUGGACUCCAGACGCAUCAUUGAACGGACUUGAAAUAAAAUUCAAGAAAAGCGGCUAUUUUGAUUGGACGUUUGAUUUAACUAAAUUAUCUGAUUUAAACCAUAUUAUAUUCAUGGAAGCAUUAAACUAUCAACAGUUUGUUAAUCAUGAUUUCUUACUCCACAAGAUAAAAGAAUUUGAGAAGAUGAUAGAAAGUAAGGAUCAGUUUAUAUACUAUUUAUCAGAGAACUACAUAUCCUUGAAUGGAGAUGAGAUGAUUAAGAAGUAUAAAAAAAAUAAUCAAGCGAAUGCAGAUAGUCUUGACAAAUACGAUAAACAAAAAUGG